UCGGCACCGCAGGGACAAUGUACGGCAACAUUGAGUCCAGCCAAGCCGGGCAGGGGCAAAUGUGGGAGCUGGAGCUCAGCGGCAGGGAAGCCUGCAGCGACCUGUGCUCCACAGAGGAGAACCCAUAUGAGCCCUUGGACUCUGCCAUCACCGUGCCAAGCCAGAAGCACGUGCCUGACCCCCCAGGUACGGCAUGGGCAAGGGCAAGAGCAUCGUCAAAAGGACAAAACCACGCUGCGGUUAAAGCCGGUGCCACCCGGCUCUGCCCAAACCAGGGGCUGGCUGUCACUCACCCACCCUCCUCAGCGUCAGGGUGCUGCUCCAGGGAGAAGCUGGUGCUGGUGGGCACCGUGGCACUGGGUGUCUCGGUGCUGAUGAACGUGAUCUUUCUCGCUGUCGGCUCACAGCACAUUGCAGCCCUGACGGAAGCACUGGAGGCAGAGAAGGUGAAGAAGGUGCCGAAUAUGGCCUCCUGCUCCUUCCUGCUGUACAACGAAGACCACCGCAAGUGCGUGGAGGCCAGGGGGCAACAACUGAUGGUGACGACGUGCCGGCCCGAUGCCACGGCACAACGGUUCCAGUGGUUACAAGGGGGCCGGCUACGGGGCUGGGGGAGCCAGCACUGCAUUACGGCAACCCGCGGGCAAAGCUGGGCAGUCGUGGGGCUGGAGCCGUGCCGGGACGACGGCGAGCUGCAGCGGUGGGAGUGCCGUGAUGGCGGGCUGUUGGCACUCGUCGGCUACGAUCUCUACUUCAAUUACGGCAACCACCCGCAGCACAUGGUGAUGCUUUACACUGGGAACCGCGAGUGGAGCCGCUGGGUCAUCCACGGGAGCAAGGAUGACGUCUGUUCCCGCUCCUGCUGUCCCCCUUGCUCCAAAGGCUGGACCCAUUUUGGGAAGUCCUGCUAUUUCUACUCCAAGACGGUGAGUUCCUGGGAGAAGGCCCAGCACUUCUGCUCAGUCCUGGGCAUGCAGCUCCUGGAGGUGGACAGCCCCGAGGAGAAGGAUCACAUCCGGACCAUACUGCAAACCUCCUCCUGGCUCAGCAUCAGGGAUGAAGAGGUCGAGGGUACCUGGAAGCGGGCGAACGGGACUAUCCUACCCCGGGAAAGCAGCUUUUGGCACAGGAAUGAGCCCAAUGGCGGGCACCAGGAGAACUGCGCAGUGGUGAGGGAGGAUGGCGAGUGGUACGACUACCCCUGCACAAGUCAACUCCCCUGGGUGUGCGAGGGACACCCCUGAGCAUGCAAGGGACACCCCACGACCCCUGACCCCCCACCCAGCACCCACCACCCCCUCUGGGGGCUCCCCCUGACCCCUUUCCACUUGCCACAUCUAACCUGCAGCACUCCAGGAUGUAGCCCUGACCUUCAGCACAUCUGUUUGGGGUCCAUGGAUGGAUCUCUGGGGAAAAUUUGGGGUACGGGG